AUGGAAACGACUUUUCCUAGCCUCAAGAAAAUGGAAGGCGGAGAUGCACCACCAUCAGCAGGCAACGCGAAGCCUUGGCGAAAUCGGGUAAAAUACGAGCUCUCCAACGAAGACAUGUUCAAAGAAAUCCGAUCGACGUUGAGCUCUUCCAGCGGGAAAAGAUUGAGUUUGCAACGACAGCUCUCUCAACAACCGGUAGACACGAAGAAGGACCCAGCUUCGAAUGCAUGGCGUUCUCUUAAAAUCCAUGACAUCGGCGAAGAAGACGUCGAAGAGCCAGAGAAGCCCACGAGCAUGACUGAAGAUCCUUAUGCAUUAAAAAAAGAGUCGAACCAUUCUUACCAUGUUCGAUUCGAAUAA